GUAAGCAUGGUCUCAGGCCUUUGACUUACAUGUCAUAUGUCUGUGUCAUAUGCAUGUCUUCAGAAACCGAAAAUGUCAUGUCAUAAAUCAUUCAUAAAUGGUCAUUAAUAAUUAAAAUGUUUUUCUUUUUUUUUUCAAUUUUAUAUUCAAUAUACUAGACAGCCCUCAUUCAAGGUCUAAAAAAAAGAUUAGUUAUCUGUAUUUUUUAUAUGUUCAAAAGUCAAGUGUAACUACAUAAUUUAAAAUCGCUUAAUAAUACAUUUAUCUUAUCUUUGUUGUGUUGCUCUGCUUUAAUACUCAGGUGUCUGUUUAUAAAGUACUUAUAGAAUUUAAUUAACCAUACCCUAUACAAUUUGAAUGGCGAUUUUUUCUUAAAAUUUGUCAAUUAACAGUCUUCUUUAAAAUGGGGUUAGGAGUUGUUGCUGCAAGUCCAUUCGUUUUCGUUAAGGAAUUAUUAAAUGGCCACUUUCAAGGAAAAGAACCUUGGCAAAUAGUGUCUGUAACUACUUCUACAGUUCUUUUUUCAGUGUGGUGUUAUGGAUUUUUUUUCCAAGACGAAAGUCUGGUUGAAAGGAGUAAGAAAACAGCAUUUCGAUUGUUUAGGAAGAUUCCAGCAGUAAAAAAACAAAUUGAAGAUGAAUUGGAAUCAAUUUCUAAAGGGUUUGAGGAAGACGUAAGAGAGUCUACUAAGAAUUUAACUUUUAUUACAGAAUUGCCAAAAAGUGGAAUAAAAAGAGAGGAUAUUAUUAACAAACUUGAUGAUAAUCUAACAUUAGGUAACUAUGACUGGAAAGGGGGUAAAGUUUCUGGUGCUGUUUAUUUUUACAAUGAAGAUUUAAUAAACUUAGUUUCUGAGGUUUAUGGAAAAACUUCUUAUACUAACCCUUUACAUCCAGAUCUAUUUCCUGGAUUAUGCAAAAUGGAAGCAGAAGUUAUAAGAAUGUCGGCAAAUCUAUUUCAUGGAGAUGAGGAUGUGGUUGGAUCAAUGACAAGUGGUGGUACAGAAUCUAUCUUAAUGGCUUGUAAAGCAUUCAGGGAUUAUGGCAGAGAAAUAAAAGGCAUUAUCAAACCUGAAAUUGUUGUACCAACAACAGUUCAUGCUGCAUUUGAUAAAGCUGCACAGUAUUUUAAAAUGAAAGUUAGAUAUAUUCCAAUUGAUAACAAAACCUAUCAAGUUGAUUUGAAGAAAUUUAAAAAAGCCAUUAAUUCUAACACUGUAUUGUUAGUAGGUUCAGCUCCCAACUUUCCAUAUGGUACAAUUGAUGACAUUUCUGCAAUUUCUGAGUUAGGUGUUAAAUAUAAUAUCCCAGUUCAUGUAGAUUCCUGUUUAGGAGGAUUUUUGAGCUGUUUUAUGGAAGAUGCAGGGUAUCCAAUUCCCAUAUGUGAUUUUAGAUUGCCCGGAGUAAUAAGUAUUUCUGCCGAUACACACAAAUAUGGUUAUGCACCCAAAGGUUCUUCUGUGGUUCUAUAUAGAAAUAAAAACUACCAUCACCAUCAAUAUACUGUAACCACAGAUUGGCCUGGUGGUGUUUAUGGUUCACCAAGUGUUAAUGGUUCAAGGCCAGGGGGUAAUAUUGCAGUUUGUUGGGCAGCAAUGUUGAACUUUGGUAAAGACAAAUAUGUACAAGCAACCAGAGAUGUAAUACAUACAACAAAAUACAUAGAAAAAGGAUUAAGAAGAAUAAAAGGUAUCUUCAUUUUUGGACAACCUGUUACAAGUGUCAUAGCUUUGGGAUCAAAUGAUUUUGAAAUAUAUAGGCUAUCAACAGCUUUAAAAGAGAAAGGCUGGAAUUUAAGUGUUUUGCAGUUUCCUUCAGGAAUUCACAUUUGUGUAACAAGACAGCACACUAAACCAGGUGUUGCUGACCAAUUUUUAGAAGAUGUUCGAAUAGCAUUAGAUGAAAUCUUAAAGAAUCCAUCAGAACCUGUAGAGGGCAAGAUGGCCAUUUAUGGAGUUGCACAAGCAUUACCUGAUAGGUCAAUUGUAGGUGAUUUUACAAGAUUGUUUUUAGAUUCCAUGUUGUAUAUACCAAAACAAAAAAAAUAGAGUUUCUAAGAGUAUAAAAUAAAAUCAAAUCUAUAUAUAUUUUUUGUAACCCUAUUAUUUUGUUGUUUUUAUGGCCAAGUACUAUGUGAUGAGUAAAUAAAUGUUUAUACAAGGAAC